UUUUUUUAAAUUCUAUUUUUUAGCAAAGCGUGCUGGAGAUUAUUAUAUGUUUGAAGGCGAUCCAGAAAUUGAUGAUUUAAUUGAACCUGUAAUAUCUUUUGUUCCAGAAGUAACACCGGGAGCUGGAGAUUUUGAUAAAUUGGAUCCUGCUCAAUUAUUACACACAGCACUUGGAAAAGAUUUGGAUUUAAUCAAAACAUUAGAUUCUGUUGAAGAAGCAGAACAAAUUAAAGAUGAAAAAUUGAGAAUGAUUGCUGCUGUUGCCCCGUCAGAAAAAGCUAGAGAAAUUGCAAAAUUGGCACUUAAACUUAGACAUCAAUCUCCUCCGAAACCGGAAACUGUUCAUCAUAUGGAUGAGGGUGAUUAUUAUUCUAUUGGUGGUCCUUCUACUUCACAAGAAAAAUCAGAAAAAGAUGAGGAAACGGACACAACAGAUGGGAUACCAAUAAUUCGUUUCCGCAAAAAAAGACAACAACAACAACCUGAAGAUGUUAUUGAAAAAGAAUCAACACAAAAAGAAAUUGAAGAACAACAAACAACAACAAAAAUUGAUGCUUAUAGUUAUGCAAAAGCAAUAAUUUCCUUUUUUCAAUUUUUGUGGAAAAUUAUGAUUGCAUUUCUUGAUUGGAUAUCAGCAUUUUUAAAUAGACGUUCAAGAGAACAUAGAUAUGUUGCUUAUGUUUUAAAUAAAGAAAAGGAACAUUUGAAGGAAAUGAUGAGUAAUGAACUUUAUGAUGGUCAAAUUUCUAGUUCUGAUUUGAGGGAACGUUGGGAAUCUCAUAAUAUGCAUAUUGUAUCUAGUGAAGAGGAUAUUAAAAGAUUAGAAAACGAAGCACAUGAUCGUUGGGCAGAAAGAAAUGUUUUUGCCCGAUUUAUAAAUGCUGUAGGAAAUUGUAUAUGUGCACAUACCGAUAUUAUAUGUUAUGCUUUUGCUGUUUUUGUACAUGGAAAAACUGCUGGAUUAUUAACUUUACCAUUACCAGCACUAGUUUUCUUUUGGGGAACUUUGGCAAAUCCUCGUCCUUCAAAAUUUUUUUGGGUUACAAUGAUUAUUUGGACAGAAUUGGUUAUUGUUGUUAAAUUUGCUUUUCAAUUUGGAUUUUGGGAUUGGAAUUCUAUUGCUGAAGAAGCUAAAAAUUCACAUAAAAUAUAUAAAUUACAAUAUAUUUUUGGUGUUCAAAGAGUUGAAUAUUUUGCUGUAACUGAUGUGGCUUUAUUAAUUGCGCUGUUUUUUCAUAGAUAUAUGCUUCGAAAACUUGGAUUAUGGAGAGAUGCAAAUUCCGAUAGACUUUUAGCAUAUACUCCACAAAUAUUAAAUAAUAAUAAUGACAACAAAAAUAAUUUAUCGUCAUCAUCUUCUUCAGAACAACAAAGUCCAAAUAAAAAGAAAGGAAGAACACAAAAUGGUUCUACAGCAACAGAAACUUCAGCAAUUACAACAACUUCUAUAUCUGAUGAUCAAAUUAAUUUAGAAGAGAUUGAUAUUGAAAGCGGACAUAAACCUACAAAUACACCAGCAACGGCAGAACCUGUUUUAACAGAAAAUUCGAAGCCACCCUCACCUCCUUCAAAAAUUGUACAUUUAAGCGUUAUUGGAAAUUUUAUUGAAAAGUUAAUUUAUCCAAAAUUUCGUUAUAUUUGUGAUUUUUAUCCAUUAAUGUUCUUUUUGGAUAUUUUUUGUAUGCUUAUAAUUGCUUUUGGUUAUUCUUCUUUUGGUGAGGGAGGAACUGGGGAUGUUGUUAGUGAUAUUAAGAGUAAUAGAAUACCAAUAACACUUGUAGUUAUAAUUCUUGUCCAAUCUUUAAUGAUUGUUUUGGAUAGAGGACUUUAUUUAAGGAAAGCUGUUGUUGCUAAAUUAAUAUAUCAUUUGCUUACUUUAAUUAUUGUGCAUGUUUGGAUAUUUUUUAUUUUACCUUUAUUUACACAAAAGGAAGCAUAUACAAAUGGAGUAGCAAGAUUUUUAUAUUAUAUCAAAUGCAUUUAUUUUUUAAUUUCUGCUUGGCAAAUAAGAAAUGGUUAUCCUUCUCUUUGUAUUGGAAACUUGCUUACACACUCUUAUGGUUUAAUUAAUAUGACAUGGACGGAUACCUCAAUGCCUAUUUUUGACUUUUUUAAUAUGGAAAAUUUUUAUGCUGUUGUUUACAAUUUAAAAUGUGCUCGUAAAUUUGAAGAAGCAUUUCCUGCACCUCGAGGAGAACCUAAAGGGACUGUUAUUAAGUAUUUAAUGGGCUUACCAUUAAUUUUAAUAAUGAUUUUACUUGUUUGGUCACCAAUUAUUGCGUUUGCAUUAAUCAACACAAUUGGGAAUAUUUCUCCUCCAGAGAGUGCAAUAAUGACUGUUAGCCUUGAAGGAUUUCCUCCACUUUAUAAAAUGGAAGCAAAAGGUUUAGGAUUAAUGGCAAUAACACAGCAAGAAUAUAAUACAUUAAUUAGUAAUUUUUCUGAUAUAAAUGGAAGAGAAUCUGAAUUAAAUACUGAUGUUGUUGAUAGAACAAGAAAAGCAUCUGCUUAUAUUACACAAUAUACAGCUAAAGAUAUUCUGAAAGUCAAAUUUCGUCCAGAAUCUGAAACUUUUUGGCAAAUUUCACCAGUUUCUUUAAUUGCUUUUCGUGACUUUUUACAAAACAACAAUACUGGAAAUCUAGAAUUAUCUUUUAAUUUUGAAUUUAAAAGACCACAAGAAGGAAAAAAAGAGCCACAAAUUCAUAGUUUUACACAAAAGGCAAAAAUACAUGGAAAAGAAUUGUUGGAUGCUAUUGAUAAUCGUUCACAUUGGUUUCAAGUUUUAAAUGCUCUACCAACAUAUUUAGUAAUUCCUAGUGAGGGUGAAGUUCAAAUUGCAAAAUUAUUACAACGUGCUGCUGAACGUAGAAUUAAUUCUGAUUCACCUUCUAAUAUUACAAGAACAUUUAAUCAUUGGAAAAUGAGGCUGGUUGAGACGCCGACUUCCAACUCAACUUAUUGGCUAAGUCAAAUGGAAUUUAAUGAAAAUAUUACAAAACUUACAGCAAUACCUUCCCCAGAAUUGAUUGAAUAUGGAUCGAGAGAUUUAAAUUAUACUGAAUUUUUGGCUUUAGUUGAUAGAGUUUUUCCUUCUUGGUUAAAUAGUUAUGUGCAGGGAGGUAUUAUCUUAAUGUAUGCUGGUAUUGUUCUUUUUGUUGGCCGUUUAAUUCGCGGUUUUGUUUCUUCACAACCUUUGGAUGUAAUUAUCAAUGAAAUUCCAAAUCCUGAUCAUUUAUUAAAAAUUUGUCUCGAUAUUUAUUUGGUCAGGGAAGCUAGGGAUUUUGUUUUGGAGCAGGUAAAGAAUUUUUUUAAUUUUGAAAUUUUGUGUUUCGAGAAACUUCGAGUUUCGAAAAAAAAUUUUUUGGCAAGAAAAAAAUUUUUCGAAAAUUUUUUGGAAUUUUCUGGACCUCUAAAAAAUUUUUUGAGCGGAAAAAAUUUUUUUUUGAAAAUUUUAUGCAAUUUUUUGGACUUCAAAAAAAUAUUUUUAAUUAAAAAAUUGUUUUUAUUUUAA